UAUCUUCUUCACACUAAAGCCAACAUUCCUUUCUUGAAAUUUGUCACUUAAAACCAACUUUCCCUACAAACUUUUCCAUCCAUUUUUCUGGCAAAAACCAAAAAUGGGUUUUCUCUCUGUUCUCUCUUCCAUUUUCCUUUUCAUCCUAAUCCUAACACUCCCACAACAAAGAGUUUCUUCUGAAACCAUAAAUGAUAGUACUAAAACAUCUUUAUCUUUGCUUAUGACUAUCAAAGCUUCUUUGGACCCAAAAAGCCUCAUUCUUUCAUCAUGGUCACCUACUUCUACUGACCCAUGCAAUGAUUCUUUUGAAGGUAUUGCUUGUAAUGAGCUUGGUCAAGUUGUUAACAUUUCUUUGCAAGGCAAAGAUCUUACUGGAAAAAUUCCACCUGAGAUUGGUCAGCUUCAGAGCUUGUCUGGAUUGUACUUGCACUUUAAUAAGCUACAUGGGGUUGUACCUAAAGAAAUUGCUAAUUUAACUCAGCUCUCGGAUUUGUAUCUUAAUGUGAAUAAUCUCUCCGGUGUUAUUCCUCCUGAGGUUGGCAACAUGUCUAGUCUUCAAGUAUUGCAACUAUGUUAUAACCAGUUGACUGGAAGUAUACCUAAUCAACUUGGGGUUUUAAAGAAACUCAGUGUUCUUGCUUUGCAAGUCAAUCAGUUAACUGGAGCAAUUCCUGCAAGCUUGGGGGAUUUGGAGAUGUUGACCAGGCUUGACUUGAGCUUCAAUAAUCUUUUCGGGUCUAUACCAGUGAAACUCGCGGAUGCUCCAAAGCUAGAAGUUCUUGAUAUCAGAAAUAAUACCCUUUCUGGCAAUGUCCCUCAAGCCUUGAAGAGACUGAAUGAAGGAUUUCAGUAUGCAAACAACCCUGACUUGUGUGGAAUUGAAUUUUCUUCCUUGAAACUCUGCACUGUAUCUAGUCUAAACCAAAACAGACCACAACCAUUUGAACCUGGUUCGAAUCGUCUCCCCACAAAAGACAUUCCAGAGUCUGCAAAUGUACAAACAAAACAAACGAGUCAGUCAAGAAAAUCACAAACUGCUGUGGUUGUUGGUGUUAUUGCACUUUUUGUUGCAGUAGCUGUAACUGGACUUUUCACAUUUUCGCUGUACCGUCGAAGGAAACAGAAAAUUGGAGGUACUCUUGAUACCUCCGAUAGGCGACUCAGUACUGAUGAGGUGAAGGAGAUUUCUAGAAGAAGCGCGUCGCCCCUCAUCAGCCUGGAAUAUUCCAAUGGCUGGGAUCCUCUAGGGAAAGGCCGAGGUGGAAGUGCUUUCUCUCAGGAAGUAUUUGAGAGCUUUAUGUUCAAUUUGGAUGAAGUUGAGUCAGCUACACAGUACUUUUCAGAAGCAAACUUGUUAGGAAAGAGUAAUUUCACAGCUGUUUAUAAAGGGACAUUGAGGGAUGGGUCUGUUGUUGCUAUUAAGUGCAUUUCCAAGACUAGCUGCAAGUCAGAUGAAACUGAAUUUCUCAAGGGACUAAAACUCUUAACCUCAUUGAACCAUGAAAAUCUUUUGAGAUUGAGAGGGUUUUGCUGUUCAAAAGGUAGGGGGGAAUGCUUUCUGAUCUACGAUUUCGUCCCAAAUGGAAAUUUGUUGCAGUACCUUGACGUGAAGGAUGGAAAAGGAAAGGUUCUUGAUUGGUCUACCAGACUUCGUAUAAUCAAAGGCAUCGCCAGAGGUAUUCAUUACUUGCAUGGAAACAAGGGAGGCAAACCUGCUCUAGUCCAUCGAAAUAUAUCAGCUGAAAAAGUACUUGUCGAUCAACACUACAACCCAUUGCUCUCGGAUUCAGGUCUGCACAAACUACUAGCAGAUGACAUUGUCUUCUCAACACUCAAGGAAAGUGCUGCAAUGGGCUACCUAGCUCCAGAGUAUACAACCACUGGCAGGUUUACCGAAAAGAGUGAUCUCUACGCAUUUGGCAUGAUCAUAUUUCAGGUUCUCUCCGGAAGAUGUAAAAUCACCCCUUCUAACCAUCAAGGGGCAGAGUUGUGCAGAUUUGAAGACUUCAUUGAUCCAAAUCUUUGGGGAAACUUUGUUGAAGCUGAGGCAGUUCAGAUGGCAAAGGUAGCUCUACUUUGCACGCACGAGUCACCAAAUCAGAGGCCAGACAUUGAAAUAGUCAUGCAAGAACUGAAUGAUGUAACCUUCAGCAAGUCGUGAAAGCUAUUGCAACAACAUCCAAAUUCUCAAAUGACCAUUAGGAGCCUGAUACUAAUUUCUUACUGAUGCCACCUUUUCCCAUCCUUUUGAUCCUGCAUGACUUGUGCUUGAGGAGGACACAUGAAUGUCAGGCGCCUGUUCUAUAUAGUUAAGUAAGUACUAAUGCACGUUGACGUAGGUUAGCCUCAAGUGAUCAGUUCUCUUGUAUUAUGUAACUUAACCAUAAUUCUAAGCAAGUCUUCUCCACUUGCAAACUAGUGUACCAGAAGCUAGUGCAAUUUCUAUUUAGUUCAUAUA